AUGAUAGUAAAGACCCACGUUCAUAUAUUCACGAUGCUAAGAUGCGGACUCAUUCGACUGAGUCCUGGAAUACGUCGCUUUAGCAGCUUUCACUCGUUGUUAUCACCCGCUUCUUACGAGUAUAUCAAAGACUAUGAAUCACUCCGCCAAAAAGUCAAAGCAUCCAUCUCAAAUAAUCCUUCCAACGAAGAGAUAGUUCAAGCAAUUUCGUCAAUCAAGAACCUUCAAUCUGAAUACCCAAUACAAGACCAACUUGAAGCAAACUCCAUUCUAACCCAACACUCGAAGAGUAUAAUAGAUGAAGUUUUUGCUAACAAGUCAAUGAGUUUUUCACCUCAGUUAUUGAAGCAACUUUUGCUUUUAAACUUACCCACGGCUUUGAACCUUGAACUCAUCAAUGAAUACUACAAGCUAAACCCAGAUCCAAAAACCAUUAUAGAAAAACAGGUUGCACUUAUCCCACUUCGAAAUGCCUUGUAUAACGCCGACUUUCAGAGAGCUAUUAAAAUAUCCGAUGUUACUGUGGGCCACCCGAAUUACAUUGCCCAUCAAGGUAACAUUCUUAAAAGCGGAUUUAUUAAGCUUGUCUCAACUGCUGCAGCAAUCACGCUCUUUACCAAAUUUGGUGUAACGUCUUUGAUUGACGCCGGCAUUUUGCCCACCUCGUGGAACCAUUUAGGAGCUAUUAACUCGAUAUUGUUAACAUACAUCAUCAACUCUAGUUUCUUUGUCACUAUUGUCAAAUUUGGUCGUCAGCUCAUUAGUUCAGGAGGUGAUUACUUGACGUGGCAAAGAGGAACAUUUUAUUCACAUUGGUUUAAGCAUGCAGAUGAGAUGUUAUUCAACUCAAAGAUUGUAGAAGCUGACAGAGAUUUGAACAAUGGAGAGUCCAAUCCUGUUGUUGUUGACGAAAUUUGCCGACCUGCACCGGAAAUCCGAAGCAACAUGGACACAUUAAAUCCAGGCUAUGAUCGUGAGGGUCACAAGAUACGGUUGAUGCAGCUAAAGGACGACUUGGAGAAACUCAAAUUUCAAGCAUAUUGGAUGACUGGAGGAGAUGGUUUCGAAUGGGUGGAACCUGACCAAGAUCCGGCAGAGAUACAAUGGAGGACACAUUUGGAGAAGUAUAAUAAACCAGCUUUGGAUAAAGCCGAUAAAGAUGCAUUGAGAUGGGCAGAUGAUUUGAUUAAAGAGAGCUAG